AUAGUGCUAACGUAUCAUCAAUACGGUGAAAUCCAAACAUUUAUCUCUCUAUACAUUCACAACGGUCAAAUUUCAUUAUGCAGAAAUGAAGAGAAAAGGAGCAAGAUCUAAGGCCGUCGCUAAUUCCUCUGUCGCACAACAACAAGAACAUGUUCAAGUUGAACUUCAACGCGACAACAAUAACGAAAACGAAGGUGAUGAAGGAGGAGGAUUCUUCGCUUGCUACCUCUUGACCUCUCUCAGCCCCCGUUUCAAAGGCCACACUUACAUAGGAUUUACUGUGAACCCGCGGCGCCGGAUCAGGCAACACAAUGGUGAAAUUGGGAGUGGAGCUUGGAGAACAAAGAGCAAGCGUCCCUGGGAGAUGGUUUUGUGUAUAUAUGGCUUCCCAACAAACGUGUCUGCACUUCAGUUUGAAUGGGCUUGGCAACACCCUAUUGAAUCAUUGGCCGUAAGAAAAGCAGCUGUUGGUUUUAAAUCCCUCUCAGGAGUUGCCAAUAAGAUCAAACUUGCAUACACAAUGCUUACCCUUCCUUCCUGGGAGAGCAUGGAUAUGACAGUGAACUUCUUCUCAACAAAAUAUAUGAAACAUUGCGCUGGUUGCCCGGACUUGCCACAGCACAUGACAGUUGAGAUUGGUUCGAUGGAUGAACUUCCAUGUUAUACUGAAAGAGUUGACGGUAUGUUAGAGAAUGAAGAUGAUGAUAACAAUGAAUUGGAAUUUGGUGAUAAUAAUGCUAGCACAAGCAAUUCUGUUCCAGAUGCAUGUGAUGAUUCUGUAACUGCUGAUUCGCCAAAAAAUCCGAGUCAUGGGGAAAACAUAAGUGAACCAUUUGGGUGGAACAAAGAAUCUGAAGCGACAGAACCACCAAGUCAUAUGUUUACUCCAUUUGAAUGUAACGAAGAAUCUGAAGCAACAGAACUCUCAGGUCAUUCGUUUACUCCAUUUGAGUGGAACAAAGAAUCUGAAGUGACAGAACUCCCAGGUCAUUCCUUCACUCCACGCGAGCAUAGUGAACCAUUUGAUUCAAUCUUAUCGCGGAAGGGGAAAGCAUCAUCAGUGAUCGAAAAAACAGAUUUCAUAAGCUCAACGAUAAAGAGUAAUGCUGAGUCAAGUAAAACAGAUUCUGAACAAACAGGUGCCAGUGACGUUCGAGGUGCAUUCUUUGUGCCCCAUCAAGCUGAUAUAAUUGAUUUGUCUACGCCUUCUCCAAGCUGUAGAAACGAUAUAGAAAUGAAGAAGAGAAGAGUUUCCUCCACAGUUAGUUCGGAGUUUAUCGACCUAACAAAGUCCCCUAACUUCAUCCAACUGUAAGGAUUUCUCACACAUUAAUGUGUAUCAGUUUGGAGAUGUCAAUUCUUUAAAUAGAUCUCUGUAUCUCGAGAUCAAGCUGCCGCGGGAUUGGGAUAUUUGAGUUCACCCAACAAAUCAGGAGUGUGAUACAUACCUUAUUGUCAUUCUCUGAUGGCAUAUAGUAUUGAAUGUUAAAGAGUGAUGAAUAAACAGAACCUGAACAAAUAAGUCGUUGUUUCUUUCUGCAAGGUUGAACAAACAGGUUAAUGUUUCUCUCAGCAAGGUUGUUCUUCCUCGUAUAUGUUUUGUUUAUGCUAAGAACAUAAUGCGUCUUUUUCAUUAUAGUCUAUAAAAUUGGACUAAAAAAUUAUUCAGUA